AUGUUCCGCCUGUGCGGCGUCCUCCUGGCGCUCAUGCCGAUCGCCAGCGCAGCCGGCCCGGACUACGCCGACGAGCUGCGCGACAUGAAGAGCGCCAUGGAGGCAGUGCGGGCAGACACCGAGGACGCGUGGAGGCCGCAACGGGCGCGCAAGGGUGCGCUGCAGAAGCAAGCGGCGCCCGUGAGCACCGAGAACAGCAAGAGGGCCUCGCUCCUGCUGGAGGCGCUGCGCCCCGGCGCGCUGGACAAGAAGCUCCUCGGCGCGGCCGACCGGGUCAAGGAGGACAUGGCCGCCACGCUCGGAGAGGUGCCGUCCUGGGAGCGCACGAGGCCCAAGCGCGCGGCGCUGGCGGCGGAGUCGCACCUGCAGGAGUCGGGCCAGAUGCGCGCAGCACGGUGCUCCCGCAGGAGGGCCACCGCGGCGGCGUCCGCGGCGACCCCCUGGCGGCGAGGAGCCGCCGCGCGCGGGACGGGCGCGCCCUCGAGGCUCCACAGGCCGGCCGCCAUGAACGACUGGCUGCCGCGUGUGCCUGCCGGACGCUCGCCGGGGCUCGCCGGGGGCCUCGCCCGCGCCGUGCGUCGCCAGAUCCUGGCGCUGCCCGCGCCGUUCACCAGCGCGAUGCAGGCCCUCGGCGAGGUUCAGCGCGUCCUGAAGGUGGAGGGCUCCUACCUCCUCGCCAUCAGCUCCGCCGGCGAGUCGGAGGCCCAGCUGCUGCCGCUGCUGGCGCUGCCGCACCUGUCGAUGAACGUGCAGAGGACGCCCGACCUGGGCGGGUACUUCCUGUUCGUCUGCACGAAGCUUGAGGAGAUGGCGCCCGACAUGUACUCCGCGAAGUUCAGCGAGGCCAAGGUGUGGGCCGAGGACAGAGAUCGGGAGCACCAGGCGCGCGAGUGGGCCGAGGUGGAGGCCGUCGGCCAGUGA